AUGUUUACAAACAUUGGCCUAGAAUGGGGAAUAAACAAGUGCGCUGCAAUACACAUGAAGAGAGGGAAGCUGAAUACAAACAACAAUAACACCAAUGGAAUGCCUGUAAGUAACAACUGUACCAUCCCAGUGAUAGGAAGUGAUGACCACUACAAAUUUCUUGGGAAAUACCAGAACACUGAACAUCUAGAAGACAAAGUCAUCGAAGAGGCCUCCAAAGAGUAUGAGAAACGACUAUGGACCGUCUGGACUUCUCCAUUGUCAAUACCACGUAAGGUUCGUGCUACUAACACAUACGCAGUGCCAGUAUUACAGUACUACAUGUGGACGACCGACUGGUGCCUCAACCACCUCAAGGAACUAGACAGACUAACCAGGAAAGUUAUUAACGAUUGCAGUGGAAAGCAUAAGUACGAAUCAACACCACUACUGUACUUACAGCCAGAACAGGGAGGGAAAGGACUGAUUGAACUAGAAACACUAUACAAGAACACUAAACUGAAGGUAGCAAACUACAUUAAUAAUUCAACAGAUCAAAACAUCAAACUUGUCAAGUCAUUCCAGCUAGAGAAAGAGCAAAGAAACCUAAGAUCAAUAUUCAAGGAUGCUAAAAAGUAUGCAGAAGAUCUAAGUAUUGAGUGCAGUUUCAACAACAACGAAACAGUCCUUAAAAUCAAUGAGAAAGAAGUUCGAACCAACAGUGCUGAACCACAGAAAGUGAAAAACAUCAUCCACAUAGCAAACGUUCAUAAACACAAGAAAGACCUGCAGCAACAACCUUGGAUAGGCAAAUUCGUUAAUCAACACUGGAAUGAUCCUGAAAUAUCACGUUCCUCUUACGAUUUAUUCAAGCAUUGGAAAAAUGUACCAGAUGUAGUCUUAUCAGUUGAUACAUUAAUAAGGCAACAAUUACUUAACACCAGAACAUACAGAAAGCACAAGUUACAAGAACAUGUUGAAGAACUCACUUGCCGCAUCUGCUUGGAAAAGCAAGAAACUGCUACACACAUUCUUGCCAACUGCUCCCACCUAGCACAAACACUGUAUUCACAAAGACACGAUAAGAUGCUACGCCCAAUAUAUCACGCACUUCUGGACAAGUAUGGACUUGAGCAAUCUGAUUACUCAUCACCAUGGUACAAGCAAUCUAUACCACAACCUAGCGAGGAGAAUGACGAAGUAAAGAUAUUAUGGAAUAUCCCUUGGCAUCUAAAGAAGGCCCCAAGAAACGGAUCCAACAAGCCAGACAUCAGCGUACUCGACAAGAAAGCUAAAGAAUGCAUAUUAAUAGAAGGAACGGUAUGUACUCCAGGAACGAUACCAGACAGAACAAAGAACAAGCAAGAAAAAUAUGUGGACCUGAGACUCGGUAUUAAAUAUCUCUACCCAGGAUUUAAAGUCUCUCAAAUUAAUGUUGUAUUUGACUACCUGGGAGCCCACCAUAAAGAACUUAACAAAGAUCUCAGUAAACUAUUUGGAACACAAGUCACCAACUUAACAAUAGAACGUUCACAGAAGUGGAUAAUAUCACAAAAUUGCGAAAUCGUUAAACGAUUCAUGUGUGUGUAA